GAUGUCAGAGCAACGAACUCGAGCUGCCUGCUUGAAUACCGAGGAAGCGACCUAGUGUCGCUGAGACGAGAUGCAGAGGAGACACGCUCUUGAAAAGCGCUCGCGAGGCACUAAGAAAAUAACAUUGAAAGUAAAAUAAAACGCGCUGGUUUGGUUUCGUUUGGAGUUUGUGGUCUGGUUGAUUCAGUAGAUGCUCGGUUUCGAAAAACUUCGGGGUUGUUUAUGAACUGGGGAAGAUUUGAAGUCAAGCACAGCCAGUCCAGAGCGCCCGGGAGAGGGGCGACAGGAGGGGUGGAGAGAAGAAGAGAGGGGGGAGAGGGGCGUCCAGAAAACGCCCUGCUGCUGAAUCCUCUCAAAAUUAAAACUUUAUCGCGCCAUUACGGUACGGUACAUCUCUCUCAUAAAGGGAUGUAAAGUUGGAUGCCGCUUAGUUGCUUAAAAUAAUCACUUCGUACAUUGUUUUGGGGGAAGUUUGAAAAUAUCCAGUGUUCCCAUUUGAUUUUUUUUCCGCUUUAUUCUGGAUAAGUCCGGGGUACUUUUUUGGAGGGCGGCGAGUCGGAGGCUGUCUAGGCCCACGGCCACUGCUCGACAGCGAGAAAGAACAUCUUGUAUCUCUUUAAUGUGAACCAGAAAAUAGUGUGCAGAUCGCACUUUUCAUUGCUCAGACUGGCGCCAGGAGAAGGCAAAAAUGUCGCUGGGUGCGGAGAGAAGGAUGGAAAAUCGGCUGAGAAAACUGGAAGCCAUGAUCAAAGACCCGCGGUCUGCGAUCAACUUGGAAAGUUUGCUGGAUUCCAUGAAUGCUCUGGUCUUAGAUCUGGACUUCCCGGCCCUGCGCAAGAAUAAGAACAUCGAGACCUUCUUAAACAGAUAUGAGAAGGUUGUGGAUCAUAUUCAGGAGUUCCAGAUGAAGCCCGAAGAUUUUGACAGAGUGAAGGUGAUCGGUAGAGGAGCAUUCGGAGAAGUUCAGCUGGUGAGGCAUAAGGCCUCUCAGAAGGUGUAUGCAAUGAAAGUGCUAAGCAAGUUUGAAAUGCUCAAACGCUCAGAUUCAGCCUUCUUCUGGGAGGAGCGUGACAUCAUGGCCUUUGCAGACAGCCCAUGGGUCGUACAGCUGUGCUGUGCGUUCCAGGAUGACCGCUCUCUCUAUAUGGCAAUGGAAUACAUGCCAGGAGGAGAUCUUGUUAAUCUCACCAGCACGUACGACGUUCCAGAGAAGUGGGCAAAGUUCUACACGGCUGAGGUUGUGUUGGCUCUGGACGCUAUUCACUCCAUGGGCUUCAUUCAUCGAGACGUCAAACCAGACAACAUGCUGCUGGACCGCUACGGACACCUCAAACUUGCAGACUUUGGGACCUGCAUGAAAAUGGAUGCGACGGGGAUGGUUCACUGUGACACUGCAGUCGGAACCCCUGAUUACAUCUCACCAGAGGUUCUCAAGUCUCAGGGAGGGGACGGUUACUAUGGACGCGAGUGUGACUGGUGGUCAGUUGGAGUAUUUAUUUACGAGAUGCUUGUCGGUGAUACGCCGUUCUAUGCUGAUUCUCUGGUGGGGACCUACAGUAAGAUUAUGGAUCAUAAGAACUCCCUGAACUUCCCUGAUGAUGUUGAGAUCUCACAAGAAGCAAAGAACAUAAUUUGUGCCUUCCUGACUGACAGAGAGGUUCGCCUGGGUCGUAGUGGCGUAGAAGAAAUUAAAAGACAUCCUUUCUUCAAAAACGACCAGUGGACAUUCAGCACCAUUAGAGAGACUGCUGCCCCUGUGGUUCCAGAGCUGAGCAGUGACAUAGACACCAGUAAUUUCGAUGAGAUAGAAGAUGAUAAAGGAGAAGUGGAGACCUUUCCAACACCCAAAGCCUUCGUUGGCAAUCAGCUGCCCUUUGUGGGCUUCACCUACUUUAAAGAAGACCAGUUGUUGAAUUCUGUUAACAGUUCAGCAAUGAAAAAUGAUCAUCCCACAUCCAGCAAGAGAGAGGACAAUUUAGCUCUGCAGAAGAAACUUCACUCUCUGGAAGAGCAGCUCAAUAAUGAAAUGCAGGCCAAAGAUGAAAUGGAGCAAAAAUGCAGAAGCAACUUAAACCGCCUGGAAAAGGUUGCCAAAGAUCUGGAUGAAGAGAUAAAUAGCAGAAAAGCAUUGGAGACGUCUCUGAGACAGCUGGAGAGAGAGAAAGCCCUGCUGCAGCACAAGAGUGUAGAGAGUCACCGCAGAGCCGAGAGUGAAGCCGACCGCAAACGCUGCCUGGAGAAUGAAGUGAGCAGUCUGAGAGAUCAACUGGAUGAAAUGAAGAAGAAAAACCAGAACUCGCACAUCUCCAACGAGAAGAACAUCCACCUGCAGAAACAGCUGGAUGAGGCAAAUGCAUUGCUGCGAGCAGAGUCUGACGCAGCCGCACGUCUGCGGAAAACUCAGACGGAGAGCUCUAAACAGCUGCAGCAGCUGGAGGCUCACGUGAGGGAACUGCAGGAUAAAUACUGCAUGCUGGAGAACAGCAAGCUCACGCUGGAGAGGGAGAACAUCAGCCUGCAGGCCGCACUGGACUCAGAGAAACGUGAGCACACACAGGGAUCUGAGACCAUCUCUGAUUUGCAGGCACGAAUCUCUGGUUUGGAGGAAGAAGUGAAACAGGUGAGGCAGGCCCUGUCUAAAGCAGAGACCGAGAAGAGGCAACUUCAGGAGAAACUCACAGACCUGGAGAAGGAGAAGAGCAAUAAGGAGAUUGACAUGACCUAUAAGCUGAAGGUGUUGCAGCAGGGUUUGGAACAGGAGGAGGCAGCACACAAGGCAACAAAAGCUCGACUUGCUGACAAGAACAAGAUCAGCGAAUCCAUCGAAGGAGCCAAGUCUGAGGCUGUGAAGGAUCUAGAACAGAAGCUACAGGAGGAACGUUCCUCUAAGCAGCGUGUGGAAAACAGGGUGUUAGAACUGGAGAAGAAAAGCUCCAUGCUUGACUGCGACUACAAACAGUCACUGCAGAAACUCGAGGAACUGCGACGACACAAGGAGAGACUCACUGAAGAGGUGAAGAAUCUGACUCUGAAGAUUGAGCAGGAAGUUCAGAAACGCAAUUUGACUCAGAAUGACCUGAAGGUGCAGAGCCAGCAGCUCAGCGUUCUGCGGACAUCAGAAAAACAACUCAAACAAGAGAUCAACCAUCUGCUGGACAUCAAAAGGAGCAUGGAGAAACAGAACAUGGAACUGCGCAAGGAGCGUCAGGACUCUGAUGGACAGAUGAAGGAACUGCAGGAUCAGUUGGAGGCAGAGCAGUAUUUCUCUACACUGUAUAAGACACAGGUGCGGGAGCUGAAGGAAGAGUGUGAAGAGAAGAAUAAACUCUAUAAAGACAUGCAACAGAGUCUACAGGAGCUACAAGAGGAGAGGGAUUCUCUUGCAGCUCAGUUGGAGAUCACACUAACGAAAGCUGACUCUGAGCAGUUGGCACGCUCCAUUGCGGAGGAGCAGUAUUCUGACCUGGAGAAGGAGAAGAUCAUGAAGGAGCUGGAGAUCAAAGAGAUGAUGGCCAGACACAGGCAGGAGCUCGCUGAGAAAGAUACCACCAUCACCUCAUUAGAGGAAGCUAAUCGCACAUUGACGACUGAUGUGGCGAACCUGGCCAAUGAGAAGGAAGAACUCAACAACAAGCUAAAAGAGGCACAAGACUACCUGCAAAAUCUGAAGAAUGAAGAGCAGUCCAUUACGCAAGUAAAACUUGCCCUCGAAAAACAGCUGCAGUCAGAGAGAACUCUCAAAACACAGGCCGUGAACAAGUUGGCAGAGAUUAUGAACAGGAAGGAGGUCCGAGGCGGCGGCAGUCGUCGUGGAAAUGAUACAGAUGUGAGGAGGAAGGAGAAAGAGAACAGGAAGUUACAGCUGGAGCUUCGUUCAGAGAGGGAGAAACUCAACAGCACUAUCAUCAAAUACCAGAGAGAAAUCAAUGACAUGCAAGCGCAACUGGCAGAUGAGUCGCUGGUGCGUGUUGAGCUGCAGAUGGCUCUGGACAGUAAAGACAGCGACAUUGAGCAACUGCGCAGUCUGCUGAACUCUCUCAACGUCCAGUCGCUCGACUCGGCCAGCAUGAGCAGUGGUCCAGACAUAGAUACUGACGAGUCACUAUCAGAGACAAGGCUGGAGGGUUGGCUGUCUUUACCAGUGAGGAACAAUACCAAACGUUUUGGAUGGCAAAGAAAGUAUGUUGUGGUGAGCAGCAAGAAGAUUCUCUUCUACAACAGCGAGCAGGACAAAGAGCAUUCCAAUCCUUACAUGGUUUUGGACAUAGAUAAACUUUUCCAUGUGCGUUCGGUAACCCAGACAGAUGUUUAUCGUGCUGACGCCAAAGAGAUCCCCAGAAUAUUCCAGAUCUUGUAUGCUAAUGAGGGUGAGAGCAAGAAGGAACAAGAACUGGAGCCUCUCCCUGGGGACAAGUCCAGCUACAUUUGCCAUAAGGGUCACGAGUUCAUCCCUACGCUCUACCACUUCCCCACUAACUGUGAAGCCUGCACCAAACCCCUGUGGAACAUGUUCAAACCACCUCCAGCUCUAGAGUGCAGACGAUGCCACAUCAAGUGCCACAAAGACCACAUGGACAAGAAAGAAGAGGUCAUUGCUCCCUGCAGAGUGAACUACGACAUAUCCACGGCUAAAAAUCUGCUGCUGUUAGCCAUGUCUCAGGAGGAACAGCAGAAGUGGGUUAGUCGACUAAUGAAGAAGAUCCCCAAAAAACCUCCAGCACCUGAAGCCCCUCACCGCUCCUCUCCCAGAAUUCCUACUAAAGUACAAGCCAGUCAAUCAAUGAGGAGACCCAGCCGACAGAUACCCUCCAGCAAACCUAGGUUUGUGCCCAACGUAAAGGAACCUACUGCAUGUGCGGAGAAAUCUGGCUUCAUCUACCACAAGGGUCAUGAGUUUAUCCCUUUAUUCUACCACUUCCCUGCCAACUGUGAGGCCUGUACCAAACCUCUGUGGAACAUGUUCAAACCACCUCUGGCUCUGGAAUGUCAGAGAUGCCAGAUCAAAUUGCACAAAGAGCACAUGGACAAGAAAGAGGAAGGUCUCAGACCCUGUGCUCCUGACCGAUUCAACCCCCAGUUCACCACGGGCUGAGAGAAAGAACAUACUGUAGCUAACAUGGAAAUCGGAUGGAGAUUGCAUUGCAUUUCAAUGCCAAAAUGUCAAGAGCAUUAAAGGGCACAGCAAAUCUACACAGAACAGAAAGAUCGGCAUCAAACCAAACAUCUUAUUCAUUCAAGGCCAGAGUUGACCUGAAUUCUAAGCUUCCAGCUUGAACAAGCCUACUGGACCGGCUUAGGGAUCAGCCAGAGAAUGUGGACGACAGCUACACCCCAUCUGAUCGGACUGUAGUGUCUUUUUUGAUUGACUUCGAUGGCUGAAUGUAGUAUGACACCACAUAAACGGCUAGAGACACCACUACAUACGUUUUUCAUUCCUUCAUUAAUGCAAUGAAACUAGUUUUUCCUAUUGUAGAUUUCUACAGUAUCUUUUUAUUUUAUCUUUGUUUACCCCAUUGUGUGAUCAAAGCUUGAUUUAACUAUUGUUAACUAUUAUUGUUAAAUGCUGUCAAUCCAAAAUUUAAACCAGCUGUUUCAUAUAGCCGUUUAAAAUGGGGGGAAAAAAAGUUCGCAUUACUGAGCUCAUCUGCUUUUACAAGGUGAGAUUUUUGAGUCUCCCAGGAAGUCAUUCAACUCGCGAGCACAUAACCGAAAUAUUCGUAAGACAGGAACGUUCGAAAACUACAUGCAUAAAUAAAUUCACUAGAGAAGUAUUUCAAAGAAUUGUUGUGAUUUGAAGUGGGUUAAAUUUUUUAGCCGUGUGUGUGUAUUCUCACCCUAGCAAACGGUGUGUAUCUGUGGGUGUGCUGUGAAUGCAUAUCCCUGUUCUUUUACACUUAUAUAUAUAUAUAUAUAGAAUAUACAGCGUAUAUUUGACCUGCCAUCUUACCAGUCGAUUUGCUAUUUAAACAGGUCUGGGCACAUUUUUAUUUUAUUUUUAAAGCGCUGCCUCCAGAUUUGCAUGUUUUAUUUUGAUGUACUGUUUGACCAUAAAAUGAAAAGCAUAUGUAGCUGUGUUGUUUGGAGACCCUGUAUAACACUUGCUUAUUUUUGUAAACAAAAGUAGUCUGAAGUAUAUAGCUGUGAAUGUAGUAAAGGAAGUUUUAAUAUAAA